GAGGGAGCGUCCUGUUAUGCGUGUUUGUCCGCUGGUCUGUCGGGCCUGCUUCCGAGCCCGGCGCGCGGCCCUGGCCGCUCCGUCAUGGAGGCAGCGGCGCAGGCGGCAGAAGCGAGGGCCGUUGAAGCAGGCACAGCCGACGGAGCGAGCGCCACGGCGGCGGCGGCGGCGGCGUCCCCUAAUCCCUUCUUUUCCCGCCGGACGACUUGAGCCGUCCCGCCUCGCGGGGGCUUCUCCAGCAUGAGCGGAGGAGGGGGAGGAAGCGACGGGGGCGGCGGCGGCAGCUCCUCUCCGUCUGCCCCAGGCCGGUUCGCCGACUACUUCGUGAUCUGUGGUUUGGACACCGAGACUGGCCUGGAACCGGACGAGCUCUCCGGUGAGUUAACUCAGCCCCGCAGCCGCUGGAAGCGCAGCAGCUUGGACGGACCCCCGGAUGCAUGGCGUCGUUUGGAUGCCUUGGAGGAAGGGAGGAGCGGGGACUACUGUAGAUCGUGCUUUUCUCCCUUAGGGCCCGGGCAGAUAACGCGCACUUUCUCCCCCCGCACAUCCCUUUCCCUCGGUCUCUCUUACGUGGAUGGACAUACACUGAAAGGAACAGACUGUAAGGAAAAGGAGGAAGGCUGUAAGGAAAAGAUUGAGAAACUAUGCAUGCCUAAAGGUUUGUCUUUCAAGACACAAGCUGAUGCCAGAGAACCUCAAUUUCAUUCAUUCAUCAUUACACGUGAAGAUGGAUCACGGACAUUUGGAUUUUCUCUAACAUUUUAUGAGGAAGUUACCAGUAAGCAAAUCUGUAGCGCAAUGCAGACAUUGUAUCUCAUGCACAAUGCAGAAUAUGAUAUUCUUCAUGCUCCAUCCACCAAUGAUAAAGAUAACCUUAGCACUAUAGAGGAUUGUAAUGGUACCUCUGUAUCAAAACUACAGCGAUUUAACUCGUACGACAUUAGUAGAGACACGCUCUAUGUCUCUAAGUGUAUUUGUCUGAUCACUCCAAUGUCUUUCAUGAAGGCAUGUAGGAAAGUGCUUGAACAACUCCACCAAGCUGUAACUUCACCUCAGCCACCACCAUUACCACUGGAAAGCUUUAUCUACAACAUUCUAUAUGAAGUUCCUCUCCCUCCAGCAGGAAGAUCUCUAAAGUUUUCAGGAGUUUAUGGACCUAUAAUCUGCCAGAGGCCAAGCACCAAUGAAUUGCCAUUAUUUGAUUUUCCAGUCAAAGAUGUUUUUGAGUUACUUGGAGUGGAGAAUAUGCUUCAACUCUUCACCUGUGCUCUUUUGGAAUUUCAGAUACUGCUUUAUUCACAACAUUACCAGAGGCUGAUGACAGUGGCAGAGACAAUCACAGCACUGAUGUUUCCAUUCCAAUGGCAGCAUGUCUAUGUUCCCAUCCUUCCGGCCUCUCUCCUACAUUUUCUAGACGCUCCUGUCCCAUAUUUAAUGGGAUUGCACUCUAAUGGGCUUGACGACCGGUCUAAAUUGGAGCUCCCUCAAGAGGCAAAUUUGUGUUUUGUGGAUAUAGACAACCAUUAUGUUGAGUUGCCAGAAGACUUGCCUCAAUUUCCAUAUAAACUUGAAUUCAUUCAGGAAGUCUCUGAAGUACUUAUGGCUUUUGGGAUUCCACCUGAGGGAAACCUACAUUGUAAUGAAAGUGCCUCCAAGAUGAUGAAAAGUCUCAGGACCUGUGACAUAGUCUCUGAUAAGAGAAAUGGCAAUUUAGGAGGACCAACUAUGAAUACUUAUGAACUACUGAAAGAAAAUGAAACCCUAGCAAGACUGCAAGCGCUUGUUAAAAGAACAGGAGUUAGUCUAGAAAAGGUUGAAUUUCGAGAAGAGAUGAGUAGCAAGAAGGAUCUGAAAAUGCAGUGUGAUGAAGAAGAAUUAAAGAUUUACCAGCUCAACAUUCAAAUACGGGAAGUUUUUGCAAAUCGUUUCACUCAGAUGUUUGCAGAUUAUGAAGUAUUUGUUAUUCAGCCUAGUCAGGACAAAGAGUCGUGGUUCAGUAAUAGAGAACAGAUGCAGAACUUUGAUAAAGCAUCCUUCUUGUCUGAUCAGCCGGAACCUUAUUUGCCUUUCCUCUCAAGAUUUUUGGAGACGCAGAUGUUUGCUUCUUUUAUUGACAACAAGAUUAUGUGUCAUGAUGGAGAGGAUAAAGAUCCUAUCUUGAGAGUGUUUGAUUUUAGAGUUGAUAAAAUAAGAUUGUUAAAUGUUCGAACACCAACUUUGCGCACAUCCAUGUAUCAAAAAUGCAGUACCAUUGAUGAAGCUGAAAAAGCUAUUGAGUUAAGACUGGCAAAAAUAGACCAUACUGCAGUCCUUCCUCAUUUAUUAGAUAUGAAGAUUGGACAAGGAAAAUAUGAACCUGGCUUUUUCCCCAAGCUACAAUCUGAUGUACUUUCAACGGGGCCAGCAAGCAAUAAAUGGACCAAACGCAAUGCACCUGCACAGUGGAGGAGGAAAGACAGACAGAAACAGCACACAGAGCACCUGCGUCUUGAUAACGAUCAGAGAGAGAAAUACAUCCAAGAAGCUCGAAAUCUGGGUAGCACUAUUCGCCAACCCAAAUUGUCUAAUCUGUCACCAUCAGUAAUUGCCCAGACUAAUUGGAAAUUUGUUGAAGGAUUGCUGAAGGAAUGCCGAAAUAAGACAAAAAGGAUGCUUGUGGAAAAAAUGGGCCGAGAAGCCGUAGAACUUGGUCAUGGUGAGGUGAACAUUACAGGAGUGGAAGAAAACACAUUAAUAGCCAGUCUCUGCGAUCUUUUGGAAAGAAUAUGGAGCCACGGACUUCAGGUGAAGCAGGGGAAAUCUGCCUUGUGGUCACACUUGUUACAUUACCAAGAAAACAGACAGCGAAAAUCUACAUCUGGAAGCUUCAGUACCUCAGGAAUUCUUCUAGAUGCUGAAAGAAGGAAGUCAGAUGCCAAUCCAGGAAUGUCUCCUUUAAGAGUAUCCCUCAUCCAGGACAUGAGGCAUAUUCAGAAUAUAAGUGAGAUCAAAACUGAUGUUGGUAAAGCUAGAGCUUGGGUUCGGCUCUCCAUGGAAAAGAAAUUACUUUCCAGACAUCUGAAACACCUUCUUUCUGAUUAUGAACUCACAAAAAAACUCUACAAGCGCUAUGCUUUCCUCCGUUGCGAUGAUGAAAAAGAACAGUUUCUGUAUCAUCUCUUGUCAUUCAAUGCUGUAGAUUACUUCUGUUUCACCAAUGUUUUUACAACAAUUUUGAUUCCAUAUCAUAUAUUGAUAGUUCCUAGCAAAAAACUUGGUGGUUCAAUGUUUACAGCCAACCCAUGGAUAUGCAUUUCAGGAGAAUUGGGUGAAACAGGAAUCCUGCAGAUUCCAAGAAAUAUGCUGGAGAUGACAUUUGAGUGUCAGAAUUUGGGAAAACUUACUACGGUACAGAUGGGACAUGAUAAUUCUGGAUUGUAUGCCAAGUGGCUAGUGGAAUAUGUGAUGGUCAGAAAUGAAGUGACGGGUCACACUUACAAGUUUCCAUGUGGAAGAUGGCUUGGAAAAGGUGUAGAUGAUGGCAGCUUAGAAAGGAUCCUAGUGGGUGAAUUGCUAACAUCUCAUACUGAAGUAGACGAAAGACAGUGCAGAACCCCCCCAUUGCAGCAAUCCCCUAGCAUGAUCAGAAGAUUUGUCACCAUAUCACCUAACAACAAGCCAAAGUUAAAUACAGGUCAGAUACAAGAAUCUAUUGGUGAAGCUGUAAAUGGAAUUGUCAAACAUUUCCACAAGCCAGAGAAAGAGAGAGGAAGUUUAACACUUUUGCUUUGUGGAGAAGGUGGACUUGUUUCAGCUCUAGAGCAAGUGUUCCAGCAUGGAUUUAAAUCUCCUAGGCUGUUCAAAAAUGUUUUUAUUUGGGAUUUUCUAGAAAAAGCACAAGGAUUUUAUGAAGCUCUUGAUCAGAAUGAACUGGUCCCGGAAGAAAACUGGCAGAAAAGGGCGAGGAGUUUUUGUCGCUUUGUAACAGCCAUCAACAACACUCCUAGAAACAUUGGGAAAGAUGAGAUCAUCUCUUACACCAUUGGAUUGCUCUGUUGGCAGACUGCCCCAUCACUGCUCAGAUGUAUGAGGAUAUAG